AUGGAGAUAAUAUCUAAUAUAAUAUUCCUUUUAUAUCUAUCUAUCUAUCUAUCUAUCUAUCUAUCUAUCUAUCUAUCUAUCUAUUUGAUUCCAUUGAUAUCUAUCUAUCUUUCUAUCUAUCUGAUAUCUAUCUAUCUAUCUAUCUAUCUAUCUAUCUAUCUAUCUAUCUAUCUAUCUAUCUAUGUGAAUCUGGGGAUCUAUUUAUCUAUCUCUGUAUGUUCAGUAUCUAAUCUAUCAUCUAUCUAUCUAUCUAAUAUCUAUCUAUCUAUCUCCUGUCUUCAUAUCUAUCUAUCUAUCUAUCUAUAUAUCUAUCUAUCUCAUACCACUCUUAUCUAUCUAUCUAUUGAUUUUCCAAGCCGAGACAAGCUUGCUAAUCAUUACACCGCCUUGGGUGCCCUAUCUAUCUAUCUAUCUAUCUAUCUAUCUAUCUAUCUAUCUAUCUAUCUAUCAUUUGUGAGAGAGAGAGAGAGAGAGAGAGAGACAAGGUAG